AGGCUAAAACAGGUAUUGCAUUUUAACACAUAUUUUUUCCAAGCAUAGAAUUAUUUGAUUAAAUUAGUCAGUAUUGCCAUGACUGCAAUAUCACUUUCAUAACUGAAAUCUGAAAACUCUAUUCUAAAAAUGAGUCAAGGAGAGAACGCAACCACGGAAAAAUUGGUGUUCUAUGAGUUCGCCUGGCCACUUUUGGUCGCCGUUUUCGAGGAGAACCUGUACAGGAUAGUCCUGGAGCUCUUGGCCCACAUCCUGCUGAUUGUGAUAGCCGUGGUGGUUGUCACAAAGACCUCGGGAAUGGAUGACAACCGCAGCGGCCAACACGCUCUGUACGCCGUUUUGGGACUGUUUCUGUGCGUGGGUGAAUCUCUGCUGGUGUGCCACUCCUGGUGGUUGGGAGACGUCCUCUCCGUGAAGCGGCUCAGCCUGCUACACAUGGUGCUGGGAAUGGUGGGACUUUGGCUGGGAUCGGUGGGGAUUUUCUUGAAGAGCAUCCUCAAGAGCAAGACACACGAGCCGCACUUUAAUUCCAAACAUGGAUUGUGUGGCCUUUUGGGCCUUCUCCUUAUCGGUGGCACCCUGGCCAGUGGGUUCGUCCUGGUGUGCUUCACUCACCUUGCUCUGCACGUCCCCCACCGACUGAUGGGCCUGUGUGGUUUCGUGCUCCUCUCGUGCAGCCAGUGGUUCUCCCUCAAUUUGGGAUUCGCCCGCCGGGAGUGGAGUAGCCGAAAUAUUAUGUGGCUCAAGAUCGGAACCCUGGGUGCCACCAUUUCAGUAGUUGGCUACGAGUUCGUCUGCCUCUGUCGGGACAUUGUCCAUUUGCUGCCCAAAAACUGGUUCAAAGCAAUUGCACUGAAGUGAUCAGCCUGAUAAUUAUAUUAUAUCGUAAUUUAACCAGAGUUAUAUAACCAACACUUGAAUUGUAGAAGCUAAUUGCGAAAUGGCCGUAUCUUGAUGUAAAUGAAAUGUUUAUGUUGGAAUAAAUGUGUAUGCCUUGAUAUGAAAUGUUAAUUAGCAUAAGAAUGAAUCAGCUGAUCGCGGAUAAUGUAAUGAAAUGUAAUGUAAUGUUAAAUAACAUAAUUAUGUCACUUGCUCAAAGAAUGUAAAACUGAAUGGAAGUGCACGAAGCACAAAACAAAAGUAUUAAUAAAUAUAUUCUAACUGAAAUAAAGCAAUCCACUUUAUUAUCAACA